GUGAGGGAAGACUAGAGGAAUGUGUUGGAUAUUUCAGGGAGAGUUCAGCUGGGAACGUGCUAUCUGCCAAAAGAAGAGAAAGAGAAGAGACAGAUACUCACGCUAAACAGAUAAAAAUAUGCCCCAUUUCACCGUGGUACCAGUGCAGGAUAACUCUCCGUCCAACUAUGACAGUCUGGAGGGAGUAAACUGGGUGGAUUACAGAGACACAGGACAGGGAGGAUACCCUGGACAUGGAGACACAGUUAGCUCAGAUGGUCAUGGCAAUCAUAAAGAAGACAGUCCUUUCCUCAGCAGUUCAGACUCGGCAUCUAAGAGGAAUGACUACUACGACAAAAACUUGGCCCUCUUUGAGGAAGAGCUGGAUAUCCGACCGAAGGUCUCAUCUCUUCUCAGUCGGCUGGUCAGUUACACAAACGUUACUCAGGGAGCCAAAGAACAUGAAGAGGCAGAAAGUGCUGAUGCAUCCAGAAGACAAAUGCCCAAGUCUCCGAAUAUGGGCACACUGAUGGGAGUGUAUCUGCCAUGUCUGCAGAACAUCUUCGGUGUGAUUCUCUUUCUGCGUCUCACCUGGAUAGUAGGAACAGCAGGUGUCGUCCAGUCCUUCCUGAUCGUUCUCAUGUGCUGUUCCUGUACAAUGUUAACGGCAAUCUCGAUGAGUGCCAUAGCCACCAACGGUGUAGUUCCAGCUGGUGGGGCCUAUUUCAUGAUAUCUCGGUCUCUGGGCCCUGAGUUUGGUGGUGCAGUUGGUCUCUGUUUUUAUUUGGGCACAACCUUCGCUGCUGCGAUGUACAUACUGGGAGCAAUUGAAAUAUUUCUGAAAUACCUGAUUCCUCAGGCUGCCAUAUUCCAUCCCGCAGAUAUUCAUGCAGGGAGUGGUGCGAUGCUGAAUAAUAUGCGGGUGUACGGCACAAUAUGUUUGAGCCUUAUGGCUGUUGUUGUCUUUGUGGGAGUCAAAUAUGUCAACAAAUUUGCCUCCCUUUUCCUGGCCUGUGUCAUAAUCUCCAUUGUUUCCAUCUAUGCCGGAGCUAUCAAAUCUAUCUUCCACCCUCCUGAGUUUCCGAUCUGCAUGUUAGGAAACCGCACACUGGUUCGUGAUUUGUUUGAUGUCUGUGGGAAGACAGUAGUUGUCGGUAAUGACACGGUUCCCAGCCAGCUCUGGAAGAACUUCUGCAGCUCUGAGAAUUCCAGCAGUACUCAUUGUGACGAGUACUUCCUCCAGAACAAUGUUACAGAGAUCCAGGGCAUUCCUGGGCUGGCCAGUGGCAUCAUUAAUGAAAACAUGUGGGGGGAUUACAUGGAGAAAGGGCAGAUUCUGGAAAAGGCAAGUCUGUCUUCUGUUGAUGUCCAUGGCUCAAUGGAGACCUUUGGCUUCUAUGUGUCUGCUGACAUUGCCACGUCCUUCACCCUCUUAGUGGGAAUCUUCUUUCCUUCUGCCACAGGCAUUAUGGCAGGGUCAAACAGAUCUGGUGAUCUAAGAGAUGCACAGAAGUCUAUACCAAUAGGGACGAUCCUGGCUAUUACAACUACCUCUCUUGUCUACUUCAGCUCUGUGGUUCUAUUUGGGGCCUGUAUUGAGGGUGCGGUGCUGAGAGAUAAGUUUGGAGAUGCCGUCAGUAAAAACUUGGUGGUUGGCACACUGUCCUGGCCCUCUCCCUGGGUCAUUGUGAUUGGCUCUUUCUUCUCCACAGUGGGUGCAGGACUUCAGUCCCUGACAGGAGCUCCUCGCCUCCUGCAAGCCAUUGCUAAAGAUAACAUCAUUCCUUUCCUUAGAGUUUUUGGACACGGUAAAGCUAAUGGAGAGCCCACGUGGGCCCUGCUGCUGACAGGACUCAUAGCAGAGCUCGGCAUACUCAUUGCAUCACUGGAUAUGGUCGCUCCUAUUCUCUCCAUGUUUUUCCUGAUGUGUUAUCUUUUUGUAAACUUGGCGUGUGCAGUACAAACACUUUUAAGAACGCCAAACUGGAGACCUCGGUUCAGAUACUACCACUGGGCUCUGUCAUUUCUGGGCAUGAGUAUGUGUUUAGCCCUUAUGUUUAUCUCCUCUUGGUACUAUGCCAUUGUAGCGAUGGGCAUUGCUGGUAUGAUCUACAAGUACAUUGAGUAUCAGGGAGCAGAGAAGGAAUGGGGAGACGGGAUCCGCGGGUUGUCUCUUAGUGCAGCCCGUUACGCUCUUCUUCGCCUGGAGGCUGGACCACCCCACACCAAAAACUGGAGGCCACAGCUGCUGGUUCUGCUGAAGUUGGAUGAAGACCUGCAUGUGAAGUAUCCCAGAAUGCUUACCUUUGCCUCACAGCUAAAGGCGGGAAAAGGUCUAACCAUUGUAGGAUCAGUGAUACAGGGCAGCUUCCUGGAAUGCUAUGGGGAAACACAAGCAUCAGAACAGGCAAUAAAGAACAUGAUGGAGAUUGAGCGGGUGAAGGGCUUCUGUCAGGUGGUGGUCGCCUCCAAAGUGAGAGAGGGGAUCGCACACCUCAUCCAGUCCUGUGGUCUGGGAGGCAUGAAACAUAACACAGUCGUUAUGGGUUGGCCAUAUGGCUGGAGACAGAGUGAAGAUCCACGGGCUUGGAAAACCUUCAUUAAUACAGUCCGCUGUACUACAGCUGCUCACCUGGCUCUGAUGGUCCCAAAAAAUGUGUCAUUCUAUCCCAGCAAUCAUGAGCGCUUUACUGAUGGCUAUAUUGAUGUGUGGUGGAUUGUCCAUGAUGGUGGAAUGCUCAUGCUCCUGCCUUUCCUGCUCAAACAACAUAAGGUCUGGCGUAAAUGUAAGAUGCGCAUCUUCACUGUGGCUCAAAUGGACGAUAACAGCAUUCAGAUGAAGAAGGACCUGGCAACCUUCCUGUACCAGCUCAGAUUAGAAGCAGAGGUGGAAGUGGUUGAGAUGCACAACAGUGAUAUCUCAGCAUAUACAUAUGAGCGGACACUGAUGAUGGAGCAGAGGUCACAGAUGCUAAAACAAAUGAGGCUCUCUAGUGCAGAGAGAGACAGAGAGGCCCAGCUAGUGAAGGACAGACACUCGCUGAUAAGAAUGGGCAGUCUAUACUCAGAUGAAGAAGAGGAAACCAUUCAAGUAUUACCAGAGAAAAACCAGAUGACCUGGACUAGUGAAAAAAUAGAAGCGGAAAGACGAAACCGAAGCAACGCACCAGAAAACUUCAGAGAACUAAUCAGCAUUAAACCUGACCAAUCUAAUGUUCGGCGGAUGCACACAGCUGUGAAGCUGAAUGAGGUUAUUGUAAAUAGAUCCCAUGAUGCCAGACUGGUGCUGCUGAACAUGCCAGGACCUCCACGCAACCCAGAGGGAGAUGAAAACUAUAUGGAAUUUCUUGAGGUGUUAACUGAAGGUCUAGAGAGAGUGCUGCUUGUGAGAGGUGGAGGUCGUGAGGUCAUCACCAUCUACUCCUGAAUGGCCAAAGAUCAAUACAUAGACCACUGUUACUGUUUGCUACUAUAUCUAAUGCAAGUCAAAAAAGUG